AACAACAGUUCAGUUGGGUUUCAAACUCGGCCGGGAAAAGUCGGGCAAACUUAGAAGGCUGGAAUAUAUUUAAGCACAUACGCAUAUAUCCAUGACAAUAACUUAAUAAUUGAAUAAUUUAAUGAGUUAACAUUACAUUUUUCAACCCGGCCGCGAAAUAAGCUAAAAGGCUACCGUAGGCAGCUGAGCUAUUGGAUUUAUUGAAUUUAUUUUGAGAAACACAAGUCGCGCGCGGAAAUCAAACGCUUCGAAAAUCAAACGAUAUUCCCGUUCUGACGUUUCCCCCACCCAAAAAUAAUGAAAUGAAAAUCAUGCCAACAUAACAAAAGUGCAUAAAAGAGUUAAACAGCUGCUAAAUCUUGGAAUCCUUACUUCCUCGACACCUCGAAGCAACAUCAAUACAAAUACACUAAUGUGAACCUCCAAAUACAGUGGCAAUCAAAAGUAUCUCAAGCCCAAAUCCCCAAAAAUACAAAGCAGAAGCAUUGCCUGCAUCUUGUGAGUGUGUUAAAAAAAGUCAAGUGAUUAAAAGCAAUCGCAAAGCAAAUCAACUUCUAACGGUAAAAACGGAGCAUCGCUCUCGCUGGCAGAGCAUGGAUAACGCCCCAGUUCUAUCUCCACCAUCGAUAUCCGUAUCGCUUUCGGCCCCAGGAUCAACGGUAUUCGCAAACGCUGGCCAUUAAAAAGGCGCCAGCUGAAUGCCACAAUGAUGCCACCGCUGCAACGGGACCAAUUCAACCACCAACAUUUUGUGCAACACUUUUUGCAAAGGCAAAAAAUUGGCAACUUUGAUAUAAACUAUAUUUACAAAACUACAAGCCCAAUUACGAACUCUAAGGUUCGAACUAAAAACCGAUUCAGGACAAGCAGCAGCAGCACCAGCAGCAGGAAUAAUAUUCAUUUAAAUAGCCGAAGUAACGAGCGCCAUUUUCAUUUGAGUGAAACGCCAGACUUGCUCGCCUCCUCUUCGCUGUUGUCGUCAGCAUUUGUUGCAUCCUCCGCCGCCUUGGUGAAUGUGACAUGCCAGGCGGAGGAAGGACAAAGUUCAGCAGGAUCACACAGUACAGUUCUUAGAGGGAAUGACGCAGGCAUUUCUUUUGCAGCGUUGGACUUUCGUUUUAUAAGAAAAAUUGCAAUAAUCAAAGAAAAGUCAAAGCCGAAAAUAUUAUACAAAAAAAAACAAAACAGAGUAAGAGUAAGGUGAGAGGGGAGCAAGUGCAGCGCUGCCAA